AUGGAGGGUCGACGGCCAGGUGAGUCAAUUUUGGGGAUUUUUCAGACGUUUGGAUUGCUUUUUUGGGGGGUUUUGGAGUGAUGCUUGGGAAUUGGGAAGGAGGUGAUAUUUGACUUGAAAUUUUGGAUGGAUAAGGAGCUUGAAACGACCGAAAAAAUAAAUUUUAGAGCAUAGGGAGCCAGGAGAUUGCAGGAAAUCCAAAAAAAUUUGUGGUGUUAUCGGCACCUUUAUCUGCUGAAAUGCAAUUUCUUUCUUGAAAAAUCAGCAUUUUCAAAAAAAAAAAAUUUUUUUGUUUGGUCUAGGCAAUGUUAGGUCCAUUUGGAUACUCUAGGCGCUCUGUCUGUGUCCCUGUGUUUUUAAAAUACGAUACGGAGGGCUUCUAACUGUUUCACAAUGAAUAGUUUUGUACUACCUCAAAAAAUCACAAAAUUUUGAUUGAUUUUACAAAGUGAGAUUUUUCAAAAUCUCACUGUUUAAAAUCAAAAUUUCCAAAAAUUCAAAAUCAAAAUUCUAGUCACAAUUGCUUUUUUGCACUCAUCACUCUUUACUAAAUUCGUAAAGGCAAUUUUUUCCAGACUUGCAAAAACAUCCCUGUCCCUCUAUAAUUGCAAAAAAUCUCUUUCCACACCACAUGCCGAUCCAUCAAAAAACGUCUUCAAAAGCGUCAUAAAGUCCUAAGUUUUCCUUGAACCUUCACGUGUAGACCGCUGACGCAAUCUCCCUCCCAGUGCUUGGCGUUCGUUCUGGGUGCAGUCUCUUUUCCUCUGUGCUCUCUUCAUUUGGCGCGUUCAUUGAGAUUGGCCCGAAUUUUGAUCGAAUUGCGCUGGGGAUUUGAAAAGAGGAGAUGAUUGUUGUCCGUCUGGAAAAAUGAAAAGAAUUUGCUUUUGGCAUUAGGAUUGUUCGCGAAAGAGGAAGUAAAUUUGAAAAUUCAAAAACUGAUAAAAGAAAGAGUAAAAUGGAAAUGAAAAUUGAGAUUUGGAUGAAAAUUUGAGAUGCUACGAUCAGAUUUUUAUGGAACUCGGCCGAAAUUAAGGUUAAAUUUUGGCGCUAUAGCGCGCUACGAGGGUUCUGGUCAGCGACAGGGUUAGGAGAAGGCUUAGUUAGUAGAAAUAAUAAAGACUCACCGGGGCCUAGAAUAACUUAUUACAUAUUUUGAGGUGUUUUACAUGUACUCACAUCAAAAAUAUCUGGACAAAAGUUACAGAUCUUUGUUACUUGCCGCAAAUUUUAAUCUUUUACAUGUUACAAUAGCUCAAGACAGAGAAAACUAACGUUACCAAUAGCUAAAAUUAGAAAAAGUGGACAUAUUGCAAGCCUUUGCCAAGUCUCCGCCAAGCCUUCGCCGAGCUUCCGCCGAUCAUCCAAGACUUUGCCAGGAUUCCUAGACACAUUCUACAAUCUUUGUUUGUGUAUCCACCUGUCCUACGCCCCUGUAUCGAUCGAUUUUGCGUUGACCCGGACUGUCGUCGACCCGAAAAGUCGGGAUAAGCAUAGAACUUUUAGACCUUUUCAAUUCAGAAUUUUUGAGCUCUCUAUUACUUCUAUUUCUACCGUAUAGUCCGACUUUAUUAGCUGCUCUGUUGUAUGAGAUCUCAGCAAACUACAAUAAUUGUUUGCCGUAUUUCUCAUGCUUCGGCUUUUUUAUCAUCCUUCAGGAAUUAUAACCACUUUAAUUCCUGAACUUUCGCCAAAGACUUUUAUCGCUCUUUCUUUGAGACUUAUUGUUAUUCAAUGUUGUUGUCCAACUCGAGAAAAGUCAAAGGUCGAUCGUCUUUUUUGAACCGUAAAAAUCAAAAUUGAUCAAUUACAAAAGAGACGGAAACGAAAAGAUCAACAGCGAUUAUAAGGUGUCUGAGUAAUGUUUUCAACGUUUUGGAGUACAGAGUUUAUAGAACAUAGAAAAUGAUGAUUACUUCAAAGUACUUUUUAAGUAAUAUUUAUGAGAAACAGAGACAAGUUUGAUGAUUAUAGUUUCAAAAAAUGUACAUCACACUUCCAGGGGUAUUAAAACCUUUGUAAAUACGAUCAUUUUGCAUUUUCACCCCCGAAAUUUCAGGUGUUCUCUGUUCCACUCGUUUCAACCUCGCUUUAAUAUGUUUCCUUGGCUGUGUAAUCGUCUACGCCUGUCGGAGCAAUCUCAGCUUCGCGCUUGUUUGUAUGGUGAACACGACCGCAAUCGAUGAAGGAAAAUCGGUGACGAAAGUCUCGGCGUGUGGAACAAUCUCCCAGACAAAAACCGAAAAAGUAAGUGACAAUUAAUCGCUCAAACAUAACACUAAACCUGCUGAUAGACAGAGGUGAUAACAGCUCAAAAAAAGGACUGUUUGGUCAUGGGCUUUGUGUGAUAAGGGAGAAAACGGCUGGAUUUUCGAAGAAAAUUUGAAUUUUGAGGAGACAAAAAUAUUGUAGGAAAAAAAAUAAAGCGAAUAAAAAACAGUAAAAUUAACGUGAGAUAAAGAGUGUAUUGGACCUCGAAUAACGUUUUUGGACGGGUUAUAAUAUAUUCUCACAAAUCCUUUAAUUUAGAAAACAAACUCAGGUAGUGCCAAGUCAUUCGGCAGUCCUUACAGGCGACAUAUCGCGACAAAAAAGAAGAGCGAAUCAAAGAAAAAAAAUUUGGCCAAAAGCAAACUUUUUUCAUCAAAGUCAACGACCAACUUCACUUCAGGUCGAAGGAGAGUUUCCAUGGUCCAAAUCCACCCAAGGUGCUCUUCUCAGCGCCUUCUUCUGGGGCUACACUUCCAGCCAGAUCCUUGGCGGCCAGCUCGCCACAAUGAUUGGUGGACGCAAGGUUGUUGGCUAUGCCGCUCUCAUAAACGUCGUCGCCACACUGGCUUCCGUGGCAGCGGCUCGCUCCAGUGUUGUGUUCUUCAUUGCCCUGAGGGCAGUCCUAGGCGCAUGUCAGGGAGCAAUGUUCCCAGCGAUGCAACAAAUGUGGUCGGUUUGGGCGCCGCCAAUGGAACGAACACUGUUGACGGGAAUUAGUUUUGCGGGUACCCAAGUCGGCAAUGUGAUGGUGAUGCCGUUGAGUGGAGUUCUCUGUAAAUACGGGCCUUUUGGUGGAUGGCCAAGCAUCUUCUACGUUCUGGGUGUGGCUGCAAUGCUGUGGACUGGACUGUGGUUUUACUUUGUGGCCGACAACCCAAAGACACACAAGAAAAUUGGAGAAGAUGAGAGGAAUUAUAUUGUGGAAAGUUUGACAGAGUCCAAUGGACAUGACAGCGAUAAGGUAAGAAAUGGCGGCAUCUCUGACAUCCUUAAGUCGUAUUUUACUGGUGUUUUAACCACCUCAAGCUUGCUAGAAUUUCGUGUGAUAGAGGGAUCCAUGCAAAUUUUGAUGAAAGAUCGAAAUCAACGUCGACUAUUUUCCACAAUAUUUCUAAGAAUUUUCUUGUGUGUGCGUACACGUAUUUUACCCCUAAAAAUCCCCUUUUUCAGAAGCGAUCGGUCCCUUGGAAAUCAGUCCUCACCUCUCUCCCCGUUUGGGCCUGUUAUGUUGGCCAUUUUGCUGGUGAUUGGGCCGCAUACAUGAUGGCGACAAGUCUUCCAUUAUAUAUGAAUGAUGUUCUUGGUUAUGAUCUGACAUCUGUAAGUUCUUAGAUAUAUGUUUUUACAUAAAUUUAGAUGGGAUUCAUCUCAUCAAUCCCUUAUAUCUUGUACUUUAUCUGUAUAAAUGUGGGUGGAGUCAUUGCUGAUCACUUGAGGAAUUCUGGGAAAUUGUCUACUGUAAAUACGAGGAGGUUGGCUCAGCUGUUCGGUAAGGUGGCUUUGAGAGCUUCAUUUUAUUUUUUUCAAAUAUUUUUUGGUUGUUUUGGAGAAAAAACAAAAAUUUGGCAAAAAGCACUUUUUGAAACAAAAAACUGAAGGCAGUUGCUGAUGCUGUGUUUUUAAGACGCCUUAUAUGGUAGAUAUUCAACUUUGUUUAAAUUUUAUGUUUACUUCUCUAGAACAUUCAUUUUAGCCCUUGGAAGUCAAGCCAUCUUCCUUCUACUCAUUGGCACAGUCAACUGUGGCCAAGAAACCCUCGUCAUCAUCUACCUGACCCUCGGAAUCGGCCUCUCUGGUCUUCAAUAUGCCGGAGUUAUUGUCAAUUACCUUGACAUUGCCCCCUCUUUUGUUGGCCCAAUAUUCGGCUUGGGAAACACAAUUUCUUGCGCCGCAGGCAUCCUAUCUCCUCUUGUAAUGGGAUGGCUUACUCCAACCGGAGCCAAAGAGGAGUGGCAAAUGGUAUUCAUGGUGACUGCCGCAAUCCUAGCGAUCGGCGGCCUGUUCUACGCCGUUUUCGCCGAUGGCGAAGUUCAGGAGUGGGCACGAGCCGACAACAAAGCCAAGGCUUUGCAGGAAGAGCCAUUGCUCAUCGAGGAUGGAGAGAAGAACGGGAAAGCAUAA